AUGGCGCCAUCAGUCGCAGUAUCAAAUUCCCAGAAUGCCUCAUUUAAGGAUAAGGAAAAGCCAAUGGCAGUACGCGCCGCAAAUAUAUUGGCUGCCAGAGCCGUGGCUGAUGCAGUGCGAACAUCCUUGGGCCCAAGGGGAAUGGACAAGAUGAUCACCACUUCAAAGGGGCAAACAAUUAUCACGAAUGAUGGAAAUACAAUGUUAAAGAGUAUGGCUGUGAUGCACCCCUCAGCCAAAAUGCUCGUCGACCUAUCAGCAGCACAGGAUGUCGAAGCAGGAGAUGGAACAACUUCAGUUGUGGUUAUUGCAGGAAGUUUACUCGGUGCAGCAGAUAGGCUACUUUCUAAGGGUAUACACCCUUCAGUUAUCUCAGAAUCAUUUCAAAGAGCUGCCACUGCAGCCGUACAGGUCCUACACGAUAUGUCCCAUCCAGUCUCAUUGAAUGACACAGCAACUCUUCUACAAGCCGCGACUACUUCGCUUUCAUCUAAAAUUGUCUCGCAACAUUCAAACCUCCUGGCCCCGAUGGCUGUAAAUGCUAUAACAACGACGAUUGACAUCAAAACUGCAGAUAACGCUGACCUUAAAAAUAUUCGAGUAUUGAAAAAGGUUGGAGGUACGAUAGAGGAUAGUGAAAUGGUAGAAGGAUUGGUCCUUAGCCAGCCAGUCGUUAAGAACGGAGGUGGUCCUGCCCGCAUGGAGAAGGCCAAGAUCGGGCUGAUUCAGUUUCAACUCUCCCCACCUAAACCAGAUAUGGAAAAUCAAAUUGUUGUUAAUGAUUACCGACAAAUGGAUAAGAUCCUCAAAGAAGAACGGACCUAUCUACUUAACAUUGUUAAGAAAAUAAAGAAAGCCAAAUGCAAUGUUCUUCUCAUUCAAAAGUCCAUUCUACGAGAUGCUGUCAAUGAACUUUCCCUCCAUUUCCUUGCAAAGCUCAACAUUAUGUGCAUUAAAGACAUUGAACGUGACGAAGUCGAAUUUAUCUGCAAAUCGACUGGGUGCAAACCAAUUGCAGACAUCGAUUCAUUUACCGAAGAUAAGUUGGGCAGUGCUGACUUAAUUGAGGAGGUCCAAUCAAAUGGUAGCAGAUUCGUAAAGGUCACAGGCACCAAAAAUGCAGGAAAAACUGUCAGUAUCGUCUGCAGGGGUGCUAAUUCUCUUAUACUAGAGGAGGCAGAACGUUCGUUACAUGAUGCUCUCUGUGUAAUACGAUGUCUCGUAAAAAAGAAGGCUCUUAUUGCUGGAGGAGGGGCACCGGAAAUCGAGAUUGCCACACAAUUGUCCAAGCAAUCCAGGUCACUUAAAGGAACAGAAGCUAUUUGUUGGAAAGCCUUCGCUGACGCCAUGGAAGUUAUUCCUACUACUCUGGCUGAGAAUGCUGGGCUAGAUAGUAUCAAGGUAGUAACAGAAGCAAGAUUUAAGCACGAAAACGGCGAAAAAAAUGCAGGUGUAAGCAUCAAGAGCGGCGGCGUUAAGGUUGAUAUUGCGGAAGAAAACGUUCUACAACCGCUGCUCGUGAGCACGAGUGCUAUCGAGCUGGCAGCUGAGACGGUCAAAAUGAUAUUGCGGAUCGAUGAUAUAGCCUUAUCAAGAUAA